AUGGGCUGCGCACCCAGCAUCCACGUCUCGCAGAGCGGCGUCAUCUACUGCCGCGACUCGGACGAGUCCAACUCGCCGCACCAGACCACCACCACCAUCUCGCAGGGGGGCGGCGGCGGCGCGCUGCACGGCCUCUUCAUCAAGACCGACGCGGCCGACGCCAUCCCGUCCGUCAUCGCCUACCAGAGCCGUCACUCGAGCUUCAACUCCCGCCGGGAGCGCCGGGACACGGGCGGAGGAGGAAGCGGAAGCGGCGGGGCGCAAGUCCUCAUCCGGGCCGAGACGCAGACCAGCGACGCCGGCGUCAAGCAAGUUUCCUCCACAGAACAAUGUGUGGGACCCAUGAGAGUGAGCCAGGAGCCCAUUGAGGUUCUGCUGGUGUUCGCCAAGGAGGACGACCAGAGCGACGCUUUCUGGCGGGCGUGCGACCGCGCCGGCUUCAGGUGCAACAUCGCCCGGACGCCCGAAUCUGCCCUCCAGUGUUUCCUGGACAAGCACCACGAGAUCGUCGUCAUCGACGGACGCCACUCGCGCUACUUUGAGCCCGAGAUCGUGUGCCGGAUGAUCCGUGCCACAAAGCCCUCAGAAAACACUGUUAUUCUCGCCGUUGUGCCGCAAAAGCCAUCUGACCAGGACGAACCCUCUGUUCUUCCUCUCCUGUGCGCCGGAUUCAGCCGAAGGUUUGUGGGGAACGCCAGCGUGUCGGUGUGCUACAACGAACUGGUUCAACUCGAGCGCGGAGAAGUGCGAUGCCACUUCAAACUCAGGGCUUGUAACUCGGCCUUCACGGUUCUGGAGAAGUGCCAGGAAGCCGUGGAGAUCACCGGUGAAGACCAUGUUAUACAGUAUGUGAAUCCCGCCUUUGAACGGAUGAUGGGCUACCACAAGGGUGAACUGAUCGGCAAGGAGCUGACCGAGCUCCCCAAGAGCGACAGAAACAGGGCCGACACCUUGGACGCCAUCAACACCUGCAUGGAGAAAGGAAAGGAGUGGCAGGGCAUUUACUAUGCCGGAAAGAAGUCAGGCGACACUAUGGCGCAACACGUGAACAUAACGCCCGUCGUCGGCCAAGGAGGGAAGAUCCGACACUUCGUCGCCAUCAAGAGGCCUCAUGUCGACAACAACAGUCAAGUGGGUGUGCACAAGUACAACAAGGAGGACCGGUGUGGUGUUGAGUAUUCUCACGCAGAGUGCCACUCUCUGCUCCACCGCGACAGGAGGAAAGACUCCAUGGAUACGAGAUCUCUCAGCUCCCGGAGUAGCGACGCCGGCAGUUUACAAAACCGAAGACAUUCCUCCGUCGCCAGGAUUCACUCCAUGACCAUUGAGGCUCCCAUCACCAAGGUUAUCAACAUCAUCAACGCCGCUCAGGAGAGCAGUCCACUGACGGUGGCCGAGGCUCUGGAGCACGUGUUGGAGAUCCUGAGGACAGCCGAGCUCUACUCGCCUCAGCUCGCGUCCGAGGACGACGACCCUCAUACCAGCGACCUGGUUGGCGGGCUCAUGAGCGCUGGGCUGCGGCGGCUAUCUGGCAACGAGUAUGUUUUUUCCAAAAACAUGAGCCAGAGCCAGCUGGCCAUCCCGGUCACACUGUACGACGUCCCUCAGUCCAUCGCUGACAUGCUCAACGACGAGGAAUGCUGGGAGUUCAACAUCCUCGACUUGGAGGCGGCCACGCACAAAAGGCCGCUGACUUACCUUGGCCUGAAGAUCUUCACCAGUUUCGGGGUGUGCGACUUCCUCGAUUGUCCUGAGGUGUUGCUGCGCUCGUGGCUGCAGCUGAUGGAGGCCAGCUACCACUCGUCCAACUCCUACCAUAAUUCCACUCACGCUGCCGACGUGCUGCACGCCACCGCCUACUUUUUACGCAAGGAGAGAGUCAAGAGCAGUCUAGAUCAGCUGGACGAGGUGGCGGCGUUGAUUGCGGCCACCGUGCACGAUGUGGACCAUCCGGGCCACACCAACUCGUUCUUGUGCAACGCCGGUAGCGAGCUGGCCAUCCUGUACAACGACACGGCCGUGCUGGAGAGCCACCACGCUGCCCUCGCCUUCCAGCUCACCAUGCGCGACGGCAAGAGCAACAUCUUUAAGAACAUUGAGCGGACCCAGUUCCGAACGCUGCGGCAGGCCAUCAUCGACAUGGUGCUGGCCACAGAGAUGACGCGACAUUUUGAGCACGUCAACAAGUUUGUCAACAGCAUCAACAAGCCCAUGGCGGCCAUCGACGAGACGAACACCUGUAGCAUGAGCAGCGACUGCGAGGGUCAAGCAAACAUCAAGAACUCUCCGGAGAACCGGCUGCUGAUCAAGCGAAUGCUAAUCAAGUGCGCCGACGUGGCCAACCCGUGCAGGCCGCUGGAGCUCUGCAUCGAGUGGGCGGGGCGCAUCUCAGAGGAGUACUUUGCUCAGACGGAUGAGGAGAAGAGGCGGGGGCUGCCCGUGGUGAUGCCGGUGUUUGACCGCAACAGCUGCAGUGUGCCCAAGUCGCAACUCUCCUUCAUCGACUACUUCAUCACCGACAUGUUUGAUGCCUGGGAUGCCUUCGCCACCCUGCCGGGUCUCAUGGGGCACCUUUCGGAGAACUACAAGUACUGGAAGACUCUGGACGACAUGAAGUGCAAGAGCCUGCGCCCUCCGCCGCCAUCUUGA